UGAAACAAUUUUGUCUUCUACACAUUACUAUAUCUCUAGAGUCAAUAAUUUUAUAUGAGGAACUAUUGAACUCAAUCACUUGCUGUCGUUACUCUUCAUAUUUUAGGUAAACUAGAUACCCAUUACUGGCAAAGCAGCUAGGAAGAAGUUUGUAGGUUCAAUAUGAAGACUAAAAAUUAGGAUGGAUCAACUACGAAGAGUACUAUCAGAUAUUCAUUCAUCGCACCUGGUGCAAUUGGAAAGAGACGAGGACGAGGUUUUAUUGGGAAAGGGACGAGAACAAACACUUCCAAAUUUUACCAUGUCUUCUAAUCAAAGAAAGGAAGCAAUACAUAUGAACUCCAUGGUUCUUGAGAAAGACUAUAUGCAAGUUAAUACUCCAUUUCCUCCAUCUACUAAUCACGUAAAGCAGCACACCCAAGAAGUUGAAAAAAGUAAUUUUGGGAAGGGACAAGGAAGGAGACAUAAAAACUCUACCAUGUCUUCUAGUCAAGAAAUGGGAGCGAUACAAAAGAACAUAAUUUUUGAGAAAGAAUAUAUGCAAGUUGAUACUCCAUUUCCUCCAUAUACUAAUGAAGUAAAGCAAUGCCCCAAAGAAGUUGAAACAAGAUCAUCUAAUCCUAUAAAGGUAAAAAAAAAAGUUCUAGGAAGCAACAAGUGCAAAGAAGUUGCAUCACUUGAAGCCGGAAAGAAGCUAAAAGUAGCUUUUUACAAUAAUCGAACGGCUCAAACCGAUAGCAAUCUAUUUUCGAGGCAUUUGGGAAAAAUAAUUCGUGACUGUAAUAUGUGUCCAUUGGGAGUAUCAUCAUGGAAUGAUAUUAAGCAGCAAAAGUUGGAUCGCAUAUGGACGGCUAUUGCGGAUAAACUUGAGAGUGAUGACAUAAAUGAUCAUCGUGAUCAUAUAUUCGGAUGGAUGAAUGAGGUAUGGAAUAAAUGGAGAGGAUACUUGCAUGCUACAUAUGUGAAGAAUAAGCCAAUUGUACAAGCUCUUAAGAAUAUUCCAAAGGGAGUAGACAAGAAGGAGUGGGAGUGGUUAGUUAAAGAACACUUUUUUUCUAAAAGUUUUCAGUUAUGCCCAGUGAUUUAAUAGUCUAUUUUGCCAAAGCAUCCA